AUGUCUGGUGAUUAUAAGAACCAACAAUCACCUGAUCGAUCUCGUUCACGUUCGCGCAGUCCAAAUCGUCUUUCACCUUCGCACAAUAGUCGAUCAUCAUCGAGAAAUAACAACGGACAUCAUUUUCAUGACCGAAGAAAUAAUCGAUACCGAUCAAAUCAUAACAAUGGUAAUGAUUAUCGUGGUGGAGGCGGUGGCGCAGAUCGACUUGGUCAAACGGUGAAUUUAUAUUCCGAUCGCGAAUUGGGAUUAAAAUAUCGAUGGGAAAAAACAGUUCAUGUUUCGAACAUUCCAUAUGACAUGAGAUGGACAGCUUUAAAAGAUUUAUUUCGUACAGAAGUUGGGGAAGUGAUGUAUACGGAAGUUUUUGAACGAGAUGGCAAAUCACUUGGUUGCGGAUCUGUGGAAUUUCGAACAGUUGAAGAAGCCAAACGCGCGGUGGAAAAGAUGCAUCAAUUCGAAUAUGGCGGUCGAAAACUAGCUGUAAAAUUAGACGAAGAAGGUUUUCGUACUCGACGCGCCAAAUAUCAAUCGCUCGAAGGUCGUCUUUCACAAAAGAACAAUAUGCUUCAACAACACAAUAAUCUUUCGAAUCAAUUCGGCAACGCUAGUGGAAAUUCCGGCAAUAUGUCUCGUUCACCCGAAGUCGCAGGUCUCAAUAGUAUUGGCACAUCAUUAUCGGGCUAUUCAUCAGUUGCUGGCAUUCCAGCAUAUGUUCUACAAAGAUUAGGUAUCGAUGGACCUGUUACAAAUAAAAUCUUUGUAGCGAAUUUGGAUUUCAAAUGUGAUGAAAAGAAAGUUCGAGAAGUCUUUUCCUUGGCCGGUCGCGUACGUGAAGUGACAUUGAAACGAAAUAAAGAAGGUCAAAGCCGUGGUAUGGCUGUAGUUGAAUACGAACAUCCAUUAGAAGCUGUGCAAGCUGUGUCGAUGUUUAACGAACAACAACUAUACGAUCGAAUUAUGGCCGUGAAAAUUGAUUUGAAAGAUGAAGGCAAAGAUGAUGGUCGUUCAAUGAAAUUGCCAAGCGGAUUGAAGUCGAUUGGUGUUGGUUUAGGCCUCGCUGGGAACCCACUACGAACAAAUAACGUUAAUCAACUUGAGCCACCUCUGCCGCAGAUUAAUCCCAAUCCUAUACAAAAUGUUACACCGAAUGUUUCUGAUUAUAUUAAUCAUAAUGACCUUACAGCUUUACAAGCACUUUCACAGUUAUCACCCAGCGCAAUCAGCGCUUUAACUCAAUUAGCCACUAGUGGUUUUUCCGGAUUGAAUUCUCUUGCUGGACUUCAAUCAGUUAAUUCCAAUUUAAAUACCUCGUCUACAUUGGGCAUCGAUCCCUAUGCAAAUACAAAUUCUCUGUAUGCAUCGCUUGCUGGUGGUUACUCAAAUUACCAACAAUCGUCAGGUUUAACUGGUGCGUCUCAACUGUCAUCUCAAUUAUCAGGUAAUGUCGAAAACGGAGUUUGCUAUCGUGUUGUUUUCAGCUCAUUCUACAAAGAUGACGAUGCACGUUUGGGUCAAUCAGCGCCUGUCGGAGUGUCAGCCGUGUCAUCGGUUCGCACACAACCGAAUACAUCGUUUGCAGGUGGUCGAAAUGUAUUAGGCACAGGUGUCAGCGGUCUUGGUGGAUCUCUAGGUCCUUAUACCCAAUCGAAUACAAAUACGCAACGUAGUGUUGGAGGCGUGCUUAGUAAUUCCAAUGUAAACGGUCCGAGUACCGGUGUUUACGAUCGUUCACGAGGCCGAUCACCGUAUCGUUAA